UUUGAAUAAAGAAAGGAUAAUGUUUCCUUGUUAAUGCAGAACAUUAUUGGAUUUAGACCUACUAUCUAUGCAAACAGAUUGAGCAUCUGUAGGCCUAAUCAGCAGACGCUGUGGCACUUUCACCCUUCUUUCUACCUCUAGUGUGCUAGCCAUCUGUAUUGGAGGUGACCAAAACCCUGUUGGCCUUUGAGAGAUGAUUGUCUAUUUCUCUGAACAUCGUUGGACACUGCGCUGCCAAGUGGUCAACAGCAUUAAGGAGAUGACCAUUCACAUCGAUUUAAUGAGCUGGGAUAAUUCCGAUUGGGGACUCUAAAAGCAUGAUCUCUUUCAUGGACGUCAAGUUGAAGCUCCUGUUCGAUGUGUGCUAGAAGGGCACAAUCGUCCGCAUAGAGCAGCUAAGUAGAAAUCAUCUCUUUUAAGUUUAAUAUUUGUACGGGAGCGCGAUUGCCGUGUGUUAAAUAUGCUAUUAUCGGAGCGGAACCUGGUGUAUAUAAUAUUGCCCUCAAGUAGCUAUAAAAAUAAACUUUAGUGCAACGCUUUAAAAAGAAACAAGAAUUCUUUUCUUACCAUAGUACCGUUUUAUCAACUGAUUUCUAAUACUAUUAGCCAAAAAUUUACAGUUUUAACUCUCGUGCGUGCUUGUGUGUAUGUUAUUUGAUAUUACGAAAAAAAAAUGAGCUUCGUAAUUUUACUUCCGGGUCAGAAUGACUACUUUGCGUCACACAUCACAACCGAUAAGUAUCAAUCAUAUAGAUCUAGGCUUAUGAAAAGAUCUAGGCUAGCUACUGCGGCGAUUUAUAUGAUGCAAAGUACUUUCCGAAUUUCAGUGGAUUCACAUUUUUAAUAAAGGGAAUUAUAAUCAUUCGUCUGAGACUCAUCUCCCAUCUUUCUAAAGUCAUGCUUAAAAACAAUGCUGUUGCAGCGCUUCAGAAACCAAAGCGCUACAAAACGUCACGGACCAAUACUUUGUCCAUUUCUGCCAUCUUCAGGAUCGCUAUUUCGUCAGUCAAUGCUCACAGAGGCCUUGAGCUUCGAUGUUACAAGUUCAGUCCGCGAGUUCAUGACGUCAAUAAAACAAAGACAAGCGUGCAACUGUAUGAUUACGAAGCUAAAGUCUGGAAGGAGACUUUCGAAUCAAUGGGGCGCCUUAAAGAGCUGCACUUGAAAGAGGCAACACCUUUUACGACUUUAAACAAAGCUCCUUACCAUUGCUCAGCUUUGUCUAGAGACUAUAAGGUUGCUUACGGUAAAAUGAGUCAGGUUGAAGGAGCAUCAGUGAAAGGCACUUUUAAACCAAAGAAAGAAGUCAAAGUCUCGUACUGCAACUGUAUAUUCUCUUCCCAUCUACCAAAAUAUAAUGAACCAACUUCCUUCACCUCUGUUCCAAGACGAUUGAUAAAACAAGAAAAUCGAGUGCUAAAACCUUACCUGCCCAAGUCCAGCGUGAUGGUUAAAUACAAUAGAAAUAUGUACGAUACUGAAUCUAUCUGUGAGUGGCUGCAACGGUUUGGUCUCUUAGUCUUUACAAUCAGGAAAGGGGAGAAUACUUUGAUAGUUACUUUUGAAACAAUGACAGCGGCUUACGAUGCUGUUAACAAACCUAUGCCGUUUUCUCGUAUUGUUAUUACGUGGCUGGAACCCAGAAUGUAUAAUUAUGGACAUUACUGUGCUUUUAAGCUCUACACCGUAACGACAGACAACACCUGGAACAAACUGAUCAAUCAAAUAGUCAAAAAGGAGAAGAGUAUCCUAAAGGCUAGCCACCCAGGCUCGAGGAAAACAUUGAAAUUUGAUACUUAAACUGAUGACUGUCAUGGAUACCAUGACUUUUCCGAUGAAAUCAUAGACAAACC